UUUUUUUUUCCUCAAUUGACUUGUAAAUAUUAAUGACCUUUCAGUGGACAAAACCAUUUAUAGUACAGGAAGAUCCUAGUCUCAAUGAUGGUGACAAAAUUAUUUUACCUAGUUCUUCACUUCAGGAACUAUUGGAUCUGGCAAACGGUGCUGAUCUACCCUCUCCCAUGACAUUUGCUCUUCGACAUCCUCAUCAUUCUAACAAAAUCAUUCAUGGUGGUGUCAAAGAAUUCUCAAGUCAAGAUGGUAUUGCUCUUGUUCCUCCUUGGAUGAUAUCUGCUCUUGAUCUCACUUCACAACAACGCAUCGUAGUGCAAUCGAAACAAUUACCAAAAGGAACUUGGACAAAGCUACGACCGCUGACUAAUGAUUAUCAAGAUAUAAAGGAUUAUCGUGCUGCGCUCGAAGCUCACUUGCGUCAACAUUACAAUACUCUCACUAUUGGCCAAACUCUGACAUGUCGUUAUGGAUCUCAUCAAUACCCUUUUCUUGUUGUCGAUUUGCAACCUGAUCAAGCUGUUGGUGUCAAUGAUACUGAUUUGGAAGUCGAUUUGGAAUCUUAUCAACCUACUACCACUUUAGAUACCUCUGCCACUACGAUUUCCCAACAACAACAACCUGAAUGGAUCAAGUUGGACCAACAAGUACAUGAUGUUACUAUUUCUCGAAAUACCUACUAUUAUUGGAUCUUGGAAACACGUAAAACUUCUCGUCUCUAUAUGUCUAUCAAGGUAAUUUCCGGAGAUGCAGAUGUGAUAGCUGGAUAUGAACGACCUACAAUUGACAACUAUACAUGGGGUGAUUUGUCAUCAGAUAAAGAACGACAACUGAAAUUGGAACCAACAAAGGACAACAUAUAUGUGGGAAUAUAUGGAUACAGUGAUUGUGUUAUAUCAUGGAAAGCCACAUUAUCACCAUCUGAGUCAAACGAUUUAACAAUGGAAGACGAUCGAAACGGAAAAGUACAAUGCAAUAACUGUCAAGCUUGGGUACCUGAACGAACUUUACCAUUACACGAAAGCUUUUGUCAGCGGAAUAAUAUGUUAUGUCCAUGGGGAUGUGGCCAAGUGUUCAAGAAGAAUGGUGAUGAUGUCAAUCUAUUGCAACAACAUUGGCAUUGUGAUCAGUGCUCAGUCACGGGGGAUUCUUUUGAUGCUAAGACCAAACAUAUGGAUUACUUUCAUACAAGUCGCUCUUGUGAUCAAUGUGCAGAACAUAUUAUGGUGCCUUCUUUACCAGAUCUUGCCAAACAUCGUCAAACCACUUGUUCCGAACGAUUAAUUCUAUGUCGCUAUUGUCAUAAUUUGGUUGUACAAGGUCCAUUAGCCACAGAUGCACGGGAUAGAUUACUUGGAUUACAUGGUCAUGAAAUCCAUCGACAAAAUCAAAAGUUACCUCCUCUUUGUUGCAAUCAACAAUGUACUCGACCAAGAUCUAAGAAUCGAUUAGGAUUUUGUCAAUAUUGUUUUGGUCCAUUUUGGGUGACGGAAGAUGAUCCAAACAAUGUCAAAUUAGUUCAACGUGUGGCUCGAAAACUACAUGGUCAAUUAACUAUGGGAUGUGGUAAUGCUUGGUGUCAAAACAAGUAUUGUGCAACAGGAUCUCAAACACCACAAGAUGCUACCACUGCAGCCAGUACUUUGAUUCCAAUGAUUCAAAAACUCACCAUUCAGUUAGCCAUGCCGAAACCACUACCAGUAUUAUAUUUAUGUGUGGAUGCCAAAACGACAAGGAUACGAUUCUUAGCAGAAACAUUACGGACUUCCACGGAUGAUAUGUUUGGAUUGGAUUGGUGUAUCAAAGCAAUAGAAACUGAACAAGAAGAUUUAGAUAAAGCAAAACAGUGGUUGAACCAGAAUGCACCUAGAAAAGGAAAUUCCAAAUAGAUUGUUUUUUUUUUUUUUUUUGAAUAAAAUCGUCUCUCUUUCGCUUGUU